AUGGCCGAAAACGCAGCAAAGAGACUCAAGAUGUCACCCGUCACCAUUGGCACCCACAAUGGCCACUUCCACGCCGAUGAGGCCCUCGCCGUGCACAUGUUGCGCAAGCUGCCCACCUACCACGACUCCCAGCUGAUUCGCACCCGCGAUCCCAAGCUCCUCGAAACCUGCCACACCGUCGUCGAUGUCGGCGGCGAGUACGACGACGGCAAGAAGCGCUACGACCACCACCAGCGCGGCUUCGCCACCACCUUCCCCGGCAAGAACACCAAGCUCUCCAGCGCUGGUCUCGUCUUUAUGCACUUUGGCAAGGCCAUCAUCGCCCAGAAGCUCAGCGAGGGCGCCGAGAACCCCGUUGCCGAGGACAGCGCCGAAGUCGAGCUGCUGUGGAACAAGCUGUACGAGAGCUUCGUCGAGGCCCUGGACGCCCACGACAACGGCAUCUCCGUCUACGACCCCAAGGCUGUCGCUGCCGCCGGUCUCGAGAAGCGCUUCAGCGAGGGCGCCUUCACCCUCGGCUCCGUCGUCGGCCGCCUGAACCCCAACUGGAACGAUCCGGUCCCCUCUGACCCCGUCGAGGCCCAGAAGCUCGAGGACGAGCGUUUCAUCAAGGCCAGCCGCCGCAUCGGCGAGGAGUUUGACGCCGACCUGGACUACUACACCAAGGCCUGGCUGCCCGCCCGCGCCGUCGUGCAGGCCGCCUUCGAGAAGCGUACCCAGUACGACCCCCAGGGCCGCGUGCUCGUCCUCGAGGGCCAGAGCGCACCCUGGAAGGACCACCUCUACUCCCUCGAGGGAGGCAACCCCUCGGUGGUGUACGUCCUGUACCCUGAGAAGCCGACUCCCGAUGCCAAGUGGCGUGUGCAGGCGGUGCCUGUCACCAAGGACUCUUUCGAGAGCCGCAAGCCCUUGCCUGAGGCGUGGCGCGGAUUCAGAGAUGCGGAAUUGGACGGCAUCUCUGGCAUCCCCGGCUGCGUCUUUGUCCACGCUGCGGGCUUCAUUGGAGGAAACAAGACUUUUGAGGGCGCCAAGGAUAUGGCGAUCAAGGGUCUGGAUCUGUGA